AUGGUGUCUGUCAUGGGCAGUACGACCCCGCUCUAUGAGAAGUGGGCACGGCAAACAAAGUUGGAAGUGCUCUCGGAUGAGAUUAGUGAAGGAGCGAAGCUCCAUUGGGUCGGUUCCAGGAAAUAUGAGCGCGUUUUUCUGUAUUUCCAUGGGGGCGGAUUCAGUUUGCCCCUUAACCCGCAAGAACAAUUAAACUUCCUUCAUAAGGUCCAAAGGGACCUCCAGACAUCUGUAGGAGAUGUCGGCGUCAUUGCCUUUGAAUACUCUUUGACUCCCAGCUCUCCGUUCCCGACGCAGCUUCGCCAGGUCAAUGCUGCAAUCUCUUAUUUAAUUUCCAAGGGCACGGCACCUGCGAACAUCAUUCUUGGAGGCGAUUCUGCGGGUGGAAAUUUAGUCUUGCAAUUUGCAUCCCACAUUUUACAUCCUCUUCAGAACAUCCCUGCGCCUGCAACGUCCGGUCCUUUAGGCGGCGCGCUUCUUAUAUCGCCCUGGGUCACCUUCGAUGACUCAUCGCCGUCAUUCGCUGAAAAUGACAAACUUGAUACCACGAGCAGGGCAAUUCUCAAUUUUCUCGCAGAUCUUGUUCGUCCAGGAAUUACACCAGAGACCCGCGCAUACUUUGAACCUUUCGCAGCCGACGACUCUUGGUGGACGGGCUUGGACAAGGUCUUUCAUCGGAUUCUCAGCACCGCUGGAAGCGCUGAGUGCUUGCGCGACCCGAUCUUGGCGUUUGGCGAGACGCUGAAGAAGCACGUGGAGGACACGACAGUGGUGCUCGAGAAAAACGGUGUUCACGAAGAUGUUUUGAGAGAUUUUGGAGUAGGGCAGGGUGAGAAGAGCGAUGCUUACAAGUUGGAUAUUGAAUGGCUUUCUGAUACGUUCAAGGGCCGGCGCUAG